GUCGGUGCGAUUACGGGCUAUUUCCGGUUUUCCUGCAGCUGACUUCCGAUUUUGCUUCGAGUCUCGAACCCGGUCUUUUGAAGAUGGCGGAAGACUUCGGUUUCUUUUCGUCGGACAAUGGUACCACGGGCAGCACUGAGGAGGAUCCGGCCGCCGCGUUCCUGGCGCAGCAGGAGAGUGAGAUCGCCGGCAUCGAGAACGAUGAGGGCUUCAGUAUCUUGGACGGGGGCGAGGUGCCGCCGGCCUUGCAGGUUCACUCCUCUCACGAAGCUGGAGGUGGAUUUGAAGAAGGCCUGACUGCAGUUAAUGGUGAAGUAUACCAGGAGUCAAAUUGUCCAAAUGACAGUUAUGCUGCAAUAGCUCGAGCAGAUCGCUUGAGCCAAGAACCCGAGAGCAUUCGAAAAUGGAGAGAAGAGCAGAUAACUCGCCUAGAAAAUCUUGAUGCUGCUUCUCGAAAAGCAGAAAUGGAAUGGAAAGAGAAGGCAAGAAAGGAACUAGAAGAAUGGUAUGUUCGACAGAAUGAACAGUUGGAAAAAAUAAAAAAGAAUAACAGAGCUGCUGAAGAGGCCUUUAUCCAGGAUUGUAACGAAGAUACACCUGGAACAGAAUGGGAGCGAGUAGCACGUCUUUGUGAUUUCAAUCCCAAAACCAACAAGCAGUCCAAGGAUGUAUCGCGUAUGCGUUCUGUACUGAUAUCACUUAAACAGUCACCAUUAGUCCGCUAGACAGAUGCUAAUAACACUAUCAUGUGGGCUUCCCUACUGGCUCCCUUUGGAUCCCACAAUGACGGCCAUUAGAAUAGAAGGAUGAGUGUUAGUCAUUCCUGUUUGGACCAAACCAAUGUAAAUUACCAGAUCUGAAAUGUUCAUGAUUUUUCCUCUUUGAAUUGUUUGUGGUUCAUUGCCCAAUAACUCAAGUAAUUGGCAGUCCUGUAAACAAUUGCCUUCACUCCAGAAUUUCAAUGUUUAACUUUCUCAAUUACUGAUAUCCCUACACUGUCCUUGUGCUGCAUCACAUGACUAUUUAUGCAUGAAUUAUGAGUGCAAUCUAUUGGCCUUUGUUUAAAAAUCAUGUUGACUACACUUAUGCAUUAAAGGUUACAUAUUAAAACA